CUCCAAUAACCCAUUUCUCCGAUAUAGUUUCCGGCAUGAAGGAAAUGGUUUACCCCCCUCUAGCUCUAACCGUAAUGUGUACCCUAUUAAUCUCCGGUACAUUGCUGAACUUGUUUGUGGAAAUCGCGUUUUGUCCUGGAACGCCGGUCGUCUGAUUGAACUCGCUCUCCGUAUGGGGCUUCGCCGUCUCCGAUUUAACGCUGUCGGCGAGAUGGGAUGUGAACUUCACCGUUUAAGAUUGGGGUCGAGGGGAGAGAAGAGUCUCCGGCUGAAAUUCGGGACGACGGGACGGGAAGACGAUCAGCCGUUGGUGGAGUACACUGUUUUGAAGGAAACGAAAGAGGAACAGAGAAGAGGGACGGUGCUUUUCGGUACAAGGAUGAGUAUGUGGGCUUCGUUUAGAACUGGGCUUUUUGGGUGGACAAAACGAGUGGUGUUGAGUUCUUAUUGUUUGAAUUUGAAUGUUGGGCUCAUAGAAAAUGUAGGAGUUGGUGUGCUGGUCGGAGAUGGGCCUUUGGAUUGGUCAGUUCUUGUGAUGCUCGUUGAUUGAAUUGUUCCUUUUUUUUUUUUUUUUUUGUGGGUAAAUGCGGACAUUUUUUUGAUAUGUAAAUAAAAUAAUAAUAGUGCCCCAUUUUCAAUUCAUUUAUGUUAAAUGGUGAAUGGUUUAUGUUAUACUGAUUCUUGUGGUAUCAUUAUUGUUGCAUGAAAAUCUUUUUCACUUCAUUUAUAAAAUUGAUUUAAGAGG